AUGGCCGAACACGCUGCAGCGGUGCGGAGAACUGACGCUAGCUCUCAAGAUGCGGCUCAUUCGACGAGAUCCGGCCACACAUUCAAAUUCGACGAGGCCGAAAUUCUCGCUAGAGGUGACAACCGCAUGAGCCGGGACCUGCUUGAGUCAUGGUUUACUGGCCUCCAGUCCAGUAACAAGUGCUAUGACCUUCCUAUUCCAUACUCGGUGCUGAGACUUCGCCUAGGCGGAGUAAUUAGUCAUGCGGGAAGCGCACAGGUGAACACUUUUCCCAACGCCAGGGUCGGUGGAUCAGAUGCUUGAGCAAUCAUCCCACCAACAUCCAACGCACGUGAUGAAAUUGCAGCAAUUAACGACGCGAAUGUCGGCCACCAAACAAUCGGCACACCACGUGCAACGAUCUCUGAUUAAGGGGGGAGCCGUGAAUAUCCAUAGGUAUGCGGUAGCAUGGCGACUGCAUCCUGUAAAUACUGCAGCCCUUUGUGCAUGAAUCAACCGUAUCUGCACUUGUCUUUGAUGAUGGAUUCGAGCAGGGAUCCGUAACCUCGGGCGAAUAAAGCUCUCGUCCCAGCGAUCGUGCCUCCUUCUUCAAGAGUGGACAUUUACCAAAGGUGAACAGUUACAUUUGAACAAAAGCUCAAACGAAAAAUCGCCAUUUCAGCAUCCACAUAGAUAGAUAUUUGACAGAUUAGAUGGAUAUUUAUGUCAGACGAGGCUAUGGCUGCGAAGAUGGAUUAGUAUUUGAAAUUAAGACAUUCAUCCUAAAAUAGCUGAUAUGAGCAGGAGCUCAGAUGGCAAGACUGACACAAGACUAUUGCCGACAUGCAAAACUGACGAAUAUGCACAUGUUAACCAAUUUGCAAUUAGUUUCUGCAAAACUAGAUCGGAAUGUAAUAACUUAGAUCUGUCAGCAGCCUCCCCAUUCUCAGUAUCAGUUGGUUAACCAAUCCGGGAAAUCACAUGGUGCAGAGAAGAAGGUGGGGGGGGAGGUAAGAGAGUAAGGCCGACGGUACCACUCACUACAAGCAAUCUGACGCGGUUGAGACUAUCACAGUGCGCUAAAAGCUGUGGCUUGGAAGAUUUCCAACUGAACCUUGCAGUCAACCCAGUUGGUGUCAGUCAGGAUACGCGUCGUUCCUCUUCUUUGUUGUCUGAAGUCCUGGCCACUUGUAUGCCGACUAGAGGAUGCAGGGGCACACCUGGGCGCGGCCUUACGUCACGCCAGUCACCUGUGCCCCCUCUCGCCUCCGGUUUUCUUGACUCUGUCUUGACGCCGGGUCCAGGUUGGGAGUGGGGAAGAGGAAGUGCGGCAGAUGCUGCACAAGUCUGCUAUCACUAGAAACUAAUUCACCCGCAAGUCACCACUCCUGGGCUCACCCUGCUGUAGGCACACGGUGGAUAUUGUCGUAAUCAGCGGCUCAACUGUCAGGUGGCACCAGUACCGUUUGUUCCAAUUUCAUCAUUUAAACAAACCAACUUCACUCCCAAUUCUACCCACUCAAGUUCCGAUGUUUUUUAUAGUCACUGCGACCCUCUGAAGUAGGUACAAAUACUCCUCAGUUGAAGAAGUGGCUAAAUUCCAAACGACCUUUAAUCGUAGCCCACCGUGAUGACUACGAAAACAUGCUACAUUUCACUGUGCUCAGAAAACGUGCGCGGCUCCCGGUCAUAAAGGCUGAAAAUGUUUCUUUUGAAUUCUAGACGGGUUUAUUUGCUGUUUUUAGCGUCCUGUCGGCUUGCCCACUGUUGGGAGUGCCUACACUCCCAAAAACAAGAGCCAGCCAAUCACGGGAGACCACGUGCGUUUUCUCUACUGCGCUGUUAUCCUAAUCGUGGCGCCUCUCCAUUGGCUUUUCCUCUCGGGCCUGAUCGAUCUGCAUAUUCGAAUUAUCGAUCGGCUCGUCUGGAAUGUUCUUCCCGAAGGGCAUUAGCCAGCGAAGCACAGUAGGGCGUUAUAAAUAUGCGUUACAUCCAGUUAAUUUUGACUUGCAAUUUCCUAAUACACAUUUUCGUGGCUGGCCGUGUUCUCCUUCUCUGCCGCGUUGGUAUUGGAGACAAGGGUCCACGGGAUUUCAAGUACCAGGCGGGUCAUAACACCGACCUCUUAGGCAGUGGCAUAGCACGGCGUUUUAAGGAAAUUCUAAAUAUCUUACUCUUCUUAUUCCUCCUCCUCCUCCUCCUCCUCCUCCUCCUCCAUGUGCACUUAUUUGGGCUGGGUGUCCGAUCGGGACGCAAUCUGUCAGUGUCCUUCCGUCUGUGUCUUCGGCACUGAAUUUUUAAUUUGAUUCUGCAAGCUAGCUGAUUUCAGGCAGCCUGACGCUUAACUUUACAAAAGCUGAUCUUACGUAACACCACCCGAGGUUCUCUGCUCGCCUUGACAACCCAGUUAACUUUAUGCCAGUGAUGUGAACACGUAUGUUCAUGUUUUCCUCAGGAUUUUAAGAGUCAUGAACAGAGUUUGUCGUUCGUUUGCGAAUUCGCUCCCCGAAGGAAGUUCAUUGUUCUGUAGAUUUCAGUUAGGCAAGUUCGACCAUGUCUUACCAGGCGAAAGAGAGAGGAGCAAGACACAAAAAUAUGGACCCUCCCGUACUACAGAUGCCCUUGUGCUGCAUUCCAGGGUUUCGGAUUGGGGUUGCGUUUGAGAAUUAAAGUUAGGACUUGGGAAUAGACACACCUUCGGAAAUUAACGCAGGGCCAUCCUUAGGACGGGUAGUACUUAUUUUUGCGUUCAAAUGAAAGCAAAAUUUAUCUUAACAUAUGACAAACAGGAUGAAGAAAGGCAGGUCCCUAUCGAGCCUGUCAUUCACAGCGGCGCCGGUCCUCAUCGGAAGACGGUGGGGCUCAUGCCCAUCGACAGAGCUAGUCUCCGCCUGAUACAACUCGUCCUUAUGAUUCUAGGAACUACCGCCAACUUCCCAACUACUCCUCUCAGGACUGACCACCAGAUUCUCUAAAAUGUAGUCCUCGUUGAUCAAGGCCAAUUCUUGAGUCGCUUCUUUCUGCUGUCCAGCAAACGCUCAUGAAGCGCAAGCACUGCAUUUCGAAUCCACUAAACUGCAGAUGCCCUGUUAAUCGGACGUCUUUGUGUUUAGCCAGGUCCAGUUGACCCGUUCAUCUCUAAUGCAUAUAAGACGACUAAGGAUAGUGUGCUUAUGCCAUGCCAGGCUUCGGCAAACCAUGGCCUUCGCAGCCUGAUGUGCUCCGGCAGUUCUCUGGCACUCGAUCCUGCUGGGUAUACAGCCGGUGUGCAUGGUUGCCCAGCGAAUUGUGCCAUCCGUCUCUUUCUGACCUAGCUUAGAGGGCUGUGGCCUCUAUGGCACCCUUGUGGGAUCCGAGCCGGGCAUGAGGGCACGCCUAGGGCGGCAUCGGCCGUACCAGCCUUCGCCAUUCUUUUUGUUAGAGUCUAAAUCCUGGUCUGUGUGCGUUAUGGACCAGGGGUAUGGUGGUACGUCCAGUUUUGGGUUCAUUCGCCGUAGCAUCCACCUGCGCCCUCUUUAAUCGUCAGUUGUGUCUCCCUGUUCUUUGUCGACAUCAUCUCAUUUACUUCUACUACUAGUCGCUGUGUGACUGCCUGCGAGGGUUCUAGUAUGAGGCCCAAGGCGCAACGGAACGAGCAUGUUCCGUAACCUGAUCGGUGAGCGCCCAUCUGUCAUAAUUGAUAUUCCCGAUCACAACCGACAGGACAACGGGUCCGUGACUCAACGUUCGCGUCUGCAGGCAUUUCGCAGAGAAAAACGUUUUAAAUAUGCUUAUGGCAUAAUGUGGUUAUUCAAAUGAUGAUGAUUUUCGACGCAUGCUGGACACGAACCUAAGCACUCAUGAUGCGAUCCGUUUGUUGGAUUCUGAUAAAAACAUGAAAACCGUCAUUUAAUAAUUGGCGUUAAAAUGAACACCGCAUGAGGAACGUGAAGCAUGCGUCCGUGCGGUAAUAUCCUAGCAUUUGCAUAACGCAGCAGCAGCAGCAGCAGCAGCAGCAGCAGCAGCAGCAGCAGCAGCAGCAGCAGCAGCAGCAGCAGCAGCAGCAGCAGCAGCAGCAGCAGCAGCAGCAGCAGCAGCAGCAGCAGCAGCAGCAGCAGCAGCAGCAGCAGCAGCCGAAAACCCACGAAACACAUGUGUGGACGCUUAACUUGUACCUGCAUUGA